CACACUGAGCCCAGCCACCGCUGGUUGGCUUCCUUACCGGUGCGAUUUCACAUUUUUAGUUCUUCCAGCGUGAAUCAGUCAGAUUCGUGGAUGGCAAGGCUGGGGCACUCAGCACACUGAAGAGCCUUGGGCUGUGUUUGUGUUUUACCUACCUGCACUGGGCGAACUUGACUUCCGGAGUCAGGCAUUUUGGUGGCAAGACAUUUUGGGGGGCAUUCCACAACAGUGCUUCCUCUCAGAUUCUCCCUCCUGUGGUCCGGUGCUGAGAGCAAGGUGGAGACCAAGUUUGCAAGUAUAUGGUGCCUGUCCCCUGGGUGAGCAGAGAGAAGUGGCUCCCUGAGGAUUGCCCCCAGAGGUCCUGAGAACACCUUGGGGUCCAGCUCCUGCGCUGAAUGGCACUGGCAGCAGCCCACUGAGGGCUCCUUUCCUCAGGAUCCUGGACUUGUAAGUAGGACUCCAGCUGGGAAGAUGCUGAGCUCCAUCAAGUGCGUGCUAGUGGGCGACAGCGCUGUGGGGAAGACGUCCCUGUUGGUGCGUUUCACAUCAGAGACCUUCCCGGAGGCCUACAAGCCCACAGUGUAUGAGAACACAGGUGUGGACGUCUUCAUGGAUGGCAUCCAGAUCAGCCUGGGCCUUUGGGACACAGCUGGCAAUGACGCCUUCAGGAGUAUCCGCCCCCUGUCCUACCAGCAGGCAGACGUGGUGCUGAUGUGCUACUCGGUGGCCAACCAUACCUCCUUCCUGAACCUGAAGAACAAGUGGAUAGGUGAAAUCCGGAGCAACCUGCCCUGCACCCCCGUGCUGGUGGUGGCCACCCAGACUGACCAGCGGGAAGUGGGGCCACACAGGGCUUCCUGCAUCAAUGCCCUGGAUGGCAAAAGGCUGGCCCAGGAUGUGCGAGCCAAGGGUUACCUGGAGUGCUCAGCCCUUAGCAACCGGGGGGUCCAGCAGGUGUUUGAAUGUGCCGUCCGGACUGCCGUCAACCAGGCCAGGCGCCGAAACAGACGGAGGCUCUUCUCCAUUAAUCAGUGCAAGAUCUUCUAAGGCCCAAGACCCUUAACCAACAUGCAUGAGCUCGUCCCAUUGAUGGACACGUGGAAAGAUGGAGAACAGCAAGCUGUAUGGUGCUUUCAGAUCCUGUGGCUGACAAGACUGCAUGGGAUUUUCCCUAACUACACCUCCAAGUGGACUCCUGGCCCAGCCUUUGCAAAGCUGGAGUGAAUAUCCCAUCUCCAUGUUAAAAACUAAAGUGGCUUCCAUAAUUUUGGACAGUGAAGUGAGUUUCCCAUGUACUCUGUAUUUAAAGACACACUUUAUUUAAAUAAUAACAAACAUCUGGUUCCUGUAUAUAAUUAGUUCUUGCACUUGAAAAGACUUUUCCUACAUCCUUGCAAACGAACUGCUGUCGGAGGGGUGUGAGCAGGUGGGGUUCUGCAUUACGUGUUCUUAUUUUCCCCUUGAACUAGGAAUCUGGUUAAAAACAGUUGCCUGCUGGGUUUUUCAAGGAAAUUAAAUUUUAAAAU